CAUCCAUGGAAGAACAGAGAAUGGUGCAGAGCACUGCUUCGACAUAAGAGUUGUAGAGGAGGAAGAAGAAUAGUAAAGAAGAAGAAGAAGAAGAAACAAUUAUUCUAAAGUUUAUUAACAACCACAAAGAAGUUGCUAAAGAUAGAGAUAGAAACAUGGAGCUGCCAUGGAUUUGAAGGUAACAUGGAGCUGAAGAGAAAGAGAAAGAACUGGUGGGUCUUAAGAAGAGUGAAAAAGGAGAACAGGUGUUUUGCUAAAAUGGCAUGGGUUUGCUCUUAUUGAGGUAGAGUUGAGAAAGAUUCAUUCAUCAACAUUCUUGGCAUGCAGGAACCAGUUUGUUUUUGGGUCUAACAAAUCUUAGAGGAGCUAACUUAUUGUAUUCAAAUGUUGGUCUUUUCUUGAUCCUUCACAACCGAUUUCUUUUAACUUUUCUUUAGCGAAAUAGUUAAUAUUAUGAGAGGUAUAUCCAUACCUUUUCAUCUACAAGAAAAAGGGGCGUUUGAAAUCCAAGAUUUCACUUCGAUUUGCUCUCAAGACAAGUGGAAAAAGAAACAACCAGAAGAAGUGAAUAGCAACAAUAACAACAACAACAGCUUUUUCUCUUGCAGCAACAAUAACGAACCAACUUCUGUUCUUCAUAUGAGAAGAAGCCAAAGUCCACCCACUUCUGCUUCCACUCUUUCAUCCUCUCUCAACAACACCACCACCACCAUCACCACCGCUGAUAACGCAACUGCUAUCCCACAAGGACCGGUGGCUUCUUUGGUAAAUAAUGAAAGAAAAGACGAGUGGGCAGCUGAGUUGCAACCGAUUCCAAGCGGGUUGGAGGUGAUUAACAACGGAGGUGAAAGAUGCGGUCUUGGUUUGGAAGAUUGGGAGAGCGUGUUAUCCGAAACAAGUCAGGAACAGUCUAUUUUGAGAUGGAUCGCCGGGGAUGUGGACGACGCGUCGUUUGGACUAAAGCAGUUGUUGCAAAGUGGUGGGAAUGGUCAUAACCCUCUUGUUGAUUUUGAUGGCAAUGCUGGUUGUAAUUUGGGGAUUAUUGAUCAAGCUUCAAAUUUUGAGUCAAUAGGCGGUGGCCUUGUAUCUGGUAAUGUUAGUGUCACUAAUUUAGGUGCUUUUUCUGGUUCUGGGUUUGUGUCAAACAACAAUGGGAAUGGGAAUGGGAAUGGAAAGAUUGCUGCUUCUUCUUCUGGAUUGGUUAAUCACAAGUUGGUUGGAUUGCAUAACAACAAUUCUAAUAAUAUGUCAAAUGCAAAUUUUGGUUCAAUAGGUAACAACAAUAUGCCUAUUGCUCCAGUUUCUUUUCCUCCUGGUGUGAUUUACCAACGUUCCCUAUCUCAAAACUUUGAAACUCCAGAAGAAAAGCCACAGAUUCUCAAUCCACAAAUAUUGAUGAACCACCAACACCAACACCAACAGGUGCAGUCUCAAAAUCCAAACUUUUUGUUGCCUAUAACUUAUCCUCCUCAACAACAAGAACACCACCACUUGCUUCAACCACAACCAAAGCGCCACAACUCUGGAGGAGCAAGUUUAGACCUUUCACCGCAUCAUGUUCCCAAACCACCCUUCUCUGAUUCAGCCCAUGAGUUGUUUCUCAGAAACCAACAACAACAGCAGCAGCAAAUGGGGUUUUCUCAAAAUGUGCAGUUUCUUCCUCAUCAUCUUCAACAAAAGCCUUUGAUGGUGACAACAAAGCCGAAGGUUUUAGGAACAGGGAGUGAAGAAAUGAUUCGUCAACAACAUGCUUUGCUCGACCAGCUCUAUAAAGCUGCAGAGUUGGUAGGGACUGGGAAUUUCUCACACGCGCAAGGGAUAUUGGCGCGGCUCAAUCACCAGCUCUCUCCUGCAGGUAAGCCCUUUCAAAGGGCUGCUUUCUACUUCAAAGAGGCUCUGCAGUUGCUACUUCUCAUCAACAACCCAGCCCCUCCACCACUUACCCCAACCCCUUUUGAUGUUAUUUUUAAAAUGGGAGCUUAUAAGGUGUUUUCUGAAGUGUCUCCUAUUAUUCAGUUUGUCAACUUUACUUGCAACCAGGCUCUUCUAGAGGCUCUUGAUGAUGCUGAUAGAAUCCACAUUGUGGACUUUGAUAUUGGCUUUGGUGCUCAGUGGGCUUCAUUUAUGCAGGAGCUUCCGUUGAGGAGUAAUAGGAGUUCUCCUUCAUUGAAAAUAACUGCUUUUGCUUCUCCUUCCACUCACCAUCCUGUUGAGCUUGGGCUUAUGCGUGACAAUCUGACACAGUUUGCUAAUGAAAUUGGUAUUAGUUUUGAGCUUGAUGUGGUUAACUUUGAUUCUUUGGAUCAUACCUCUUUUACACCGCCCAUUUUUCGAUCAAAUGAAGAUGAGGCAGUCGCUGUUAAUUUUCCUAUUUGGUCCUAUUCGAAUCAACCCUCUGCAUUGCCCUCUCUCCUUCGCUUUCUGAAGCAGCUUUCACCAAAAAUUGUGGUAUCAUCAGAUAGAGGAUGUGAAAGAAAUGACCUAUCUUUUCCAGAUUAUAUUCUUCAUGCCCUCCAGUCAUACAUAAACCUAUUGGAAUCGCUAGAUGCUGCUAAUGUGAAUUCCGAUGCUGUGAACAAGAUCGAGAAGUUCCUUCUUCAGCCGAGGAUUGAAAGUUCUGUAUUGGGGCGGAUCCGAGUCCCAGACAGAAUGCCUGUGUGGAAAACACUCUUUGCCUCAGCUGGAUUCUCCCCUGUCACAUUCAGUAACUUCACUGAAACUCAGGCAGAAUGUGUGGUGAAGAGGACUCCAUUGAGGGGAUUUCAUGUUGAGAAGCGCCAGGCAUCGCUUGUGCUAUUUUGGCAACGCCGGGAGCUGAUCUCAGCAUCAGCUUGGAGGUGCUGAGGAGCAUAUGUUUGGCAAGCAGGGGGAUUGUCUUUUAGCGAAUCACAACCUACGAAGAGGUUCCAACUUGCUGCACUUCGAUAUUAAGUGAAUAAAUAUAUUUAACUGUGUUAUUGGUACCUUGUUUAUGGUUUAAUCCUUGUGAAUUCUUGUGCUUGUGAGUCUCCUCUGCUUGUUGUCUCCUUAGUCUAUGUUCAAGACUCGAACUUCCAGUUAUACAAAAAGCUGGAAAGUCUUAGUAGAGUCUUGUUUUCGACAUGGAUAUUGCUGCAAUAAUAUUUUGAUGUUUUCAGUGUGAGAAGCUGCAUUUUCUUCUGGUAAUGGGGUGUUAGUUUAUUG